CUGGCACUGGCAGGUUCUGCUUCUGCCGUAGGUCGGUUGGCUUCUCUCUGUGUCUCUGCAGCGCUGUAUCAUCAGUGGUGCAUCAGUGUAUGGUUGCAUUUGUGGCUUUCUUGCUGCCAAUUACGUAGGACACCAUCGCUGGCACUGGCAGGGGUCUGCCCUUUCUAGCGAACCGGUCUACUAAUGUCAGUGAAAGGCAGAAGCUGUUGAAGGCUGAGGGAGCCCAAGAAGUCAAAUGCAGUGCGCCGAAAUUUUGCUUUUUGGACAAUCGUAUGUAGAGGAACUCAGGUGGCCAAUUUCAGGAAGUUCCAAUCUCCUUGCAGAAGGUUGCUCACUUCCUUGGAGGUGCAGGAAAAAACGUGGCAGUGUCCAGUUGAAAGGCAGCUGAUUAAGAGUUGCUUAAGACUCCUUAUCCAAAAUUCACAUCAGAUCCACUUCUCUUCCUGAGCCCUUCCUUACCCGUCAGCUGCUCAUCCUUGAUUCACUAUCAGAAGACCUUUGUAGUGGCGCCUGUCCCGUGUAAUGGAGGCGCAAGUCAGACUGAACGGUUGCGGCAUUCCGUCUGUUUCAAGACAGACUCCCAAGGCACAGCAUUCACCUUCCUUUAGCUGCCACCAAGCUGUUCCGAGGCUUCCACGAUCUCAAAGAUGGAGAUCUUUCCACAAUGCUUCUGCUGUUGAGUUGCACCGCUGCUGGCGCUGCCAAAUGAGCACCUCCCAAAAGAUCUCAUCAAGCUCUUCAUUGGGCAACCCAUCCGUCUUUAGUCCUUCCAAUAACCAGAGGCAGUUGCCCAGAAAAGGUGGCCUGAUUCGGGCGCUCGAUGCGGCGAUGCCGUUUGACUAUGAGUCAAAGAAGCAACGAGAGCUGAGGGAGAAGAGCAAGCUGCUGAUUGGGGUGGUCGGCUUUGGAAACUUUGGGCAGUUCAUAGCGAAGCGCAUGAUCCAGCACGGCCAUACGGUGCUGGGAUACAGUAGGGGCGACUACUCCAAGGUUGCUGAGGACAUGGGGGCGCGCUACUUUAGGGAUAUUGAUGACUUCUGCGAGGAGCACCCUGACGUCGUCAUCAUCUGCACGAGCAUCCUCUCCACCGAGCGCGUGCUGCGUGCCGUCCCCUUCCAACGGCUCCGGCGGAGUACCCUCUUUGUCGACAUGCUGUCCGUUAAGGAGUUCCCCAAGGCCCUCUUCCAACAGCUGCUUCCCAAGGACUUCGACCUACUGUGUACGCACCCCAUGUUCGGACCAGAGAGCGGGAAAGGCGCCUGGACGGGGCUCCCAUUCGUGUACGACAAGGUCCGCGUCGGCAAAAAUCAUGCGCGUCAGGACCGCUGCGAGCGCUUCCUCAAGGUCUUCGAGCAAGAGGGGUGCCGCAUGGUGGAGAUGACAUGUGAGGAGCACGACAAGUACGCGGCCAGCAGCCAGUUCAUCACGCACACCGUAGGGCGGGUGCUGGGCCAGCUGGCACUGGAGUCGACGCCGAUCAACACCAAGGGAUACGAGACGCUGCUCUCGCUGGUGGACAACACGUGCAAGGACAGCUUUGACCUGUACUACGGACUGUUCAUGUACAACAUCAACGCCACGGAAGAACUUGAACGGUUGGAACGGUCGUUCGACGCUGUCAAGAAGCAGCUCUUCGACCAGCUUCACGAUAUCCUGCGGACCCAGCUCUUUCAGAGCACACCGGCCAAGCGGGCGCCUCAAGAGCUCCCCCAAAUUGCAUCCACGCCGCGACCCCUGCUGUUGCCGGCUACGAGCUCAAACGGAGGUGCUUCUAAUGGCGUGUCAUCGAACGGAAGUGCCUCAAAUGGCGCGGCGGGGCCUCAUUUAUCGAAAGAGGACGGGGUAGUCAAAGUUUCUGAAUAGGAAUUGCUUCUAAGAAAAGCAGGGGUCUGAUUGCAAGAACCUUCUAGAAGGUGUUGGCGCAGUAGUCUCGUGCCAGUUUUUGAAGAAGGUCGUGUCUGCAUCUUGACACACCCUGUCCGUUGCUUUGCGGGUCAAAGCAUUCCGACGUCUUCAAUGGUUUCCGUGUUGGGC